AUCGCCUAACGCACGAAAGCACCCACGCCGACUACCCCGUUAAUACAUUCAUCUAAAUGACCGACAUUACUUCUGUUGCUGCCAACGUCCAUGUCGUCGUCGAGCACGCUACAUCAGCGGAUGAAGAGGGUGUCCAAGAGGGUACAAGUACCAUGUCGGACGUCGUCGAUUCCGCGAGCUCCGACAAAUCCUUCUCUAGAGAGUCAACUCCAAGUUCCCUGAGUGAGGAAGUCCCGCCUGCGACCAACGAAAGCGCUGAAGCGUUCAGAGAUGGCGAAUCCAUAAAUACAUUGUCUGUUCCUCCGUUUAGACCUAAAGGGCAAAUCACUCUGCAGUCCACUACCAACAAGCCACCAAAGAAAUAGAUGCGGGAUGAAGGCUGUGUAUCAGGCAGCGACCCUGUCCUGGACUGGUUUCUCGUUCUUCUCGCAGAUGGACACUUUGCUUCCAAAGAAUGUCAUACUCCG